AGCUGUGAAGAUCUUAGCAGGCAAGCGGUGUUUUGGUUGCUAACGAGCUGCUUCAUCCUCCAUUAGGGUCUGGAGAAGUAUGUGAAGGGCCGAGAGUUUCAUACACCUUUGAUUAUCGAUGAGGAUGGGAUCCACGAGCUGGUGAAGAAUGGGAUGUAGUUGUGGGGCAGUGUCCAGGCUGGGCUGCCUGUCCUACCUAGUGGGCUGGGAAUUCGGACAAAGGAAGGUUUAUAGCUGUGAGUGAUAGGGGCUGGUCCUGCUCACUGUGGCCCUUUGCAGAGGAGGAUGUCACCCACUCAGUUCUUGGCAUGUUGUAUGCUUCUAUUUAUAUUUUAAUUUAAAAACCAAACACUUUACGGAUUCCCCUGCCAUGAAGCACAGCUAUGGCACUGUUCUUUGCACUCUAGGCUGUGGGCAUUUAUUUUUAACCAUGUAUAUAGUAAUAGUCGUUGUACAUGCAGAGGAUUUUUAUGGUACGGGGCUGGGGUUAAUCUUGAAUUCUUAUUUUUCUCAAAUCUACAUGACUAUUUUUUUUAAUAGGAUCCUUCUCAUUGCGCGUGUCUUCCCUUUUGGUCAUCCUUUGUAUAUUGCACUACUGGAAGCACCCAAUUAAACUCUUGAGACCCUCCUGUCUGUCAUCUGGUGGUGUUUUAGUGAUGGUGGCUUUCCACAGAGGCUCUGCUUGUGGAGCAGAAGUCCGGUUGCAUCCCGCCAAGUGCCCAGCUCUGACCUGUGCAGCAGGGAUUGCUGCCUGAGGGGUCACAGGCAAGUCCUUUUGCCCACAGCACUCGUUUGUGGUGUUACAGGAGGAAGCUAGGGGCUGUGCUUUCCUCUUGAACUUCUGCAAGGGGCAGGAAGCCUUGAACAGGUAAGAAAAGGCAGGUGUGCUAAAGGUAGUUGUGCUGUGCCGCUGGAGUGCUGGCAUGGUGCCCUCCAGCAGCACUGUGUGCCCUUUGCUUUUCCAGCGAGGGCUCUUAGAUUCCUGCCUGAGCCCACUGCCUCAGAGCACGUGGUGUCCUGAUACCUUUGGGCAUGUGGCUCUGCUGCCUCCCUGCUUGUUUGGAAGGGGAAGUGGUGCUCAACCAGCUCCUCUCCUGCUCCCGAGUCCCACCACAAGCCCUGUGGCUGCCUCAGGAGGUAUUUUUUCCUGCAGGACUGGCAAUGGGGCCCAAACCACUCCCCUUGGGGGAAGUCACCAAGUCCCCCAAGUGCUAAGGUGGCUGAUGGGCACCUGAGGUCAGCGUGCCUGGGAAGCCAGGGCCAUGUGGGGGGUCCUAGUCAGUGCCAUAGCUGCUGAUGGCUCGCUCUGGGCCAGCUGGGCCGUGUGUGGCCAAAUCAGGCUGGCAGCUGUGGGUCCCAGAGGAGAAAGCCUGGGAUGGGGGCCAGAGUGGAUGCAAAGAGCUGGUGUGGAGUGCUGCGGGUGGUCUACACCACCUCUUCCCCCUGCCCACUGGCUCUCCUGGGCCCUGUGAGCAGCUGCCAUGGGGAAGGGACAUCUCUGCUCCCCAGGGUGCAGGCCCUGAAGCUACUGCUCUGUGGCAUGGAGCAGGCAGCAGCUGGAGCACAGUGUGGAGCUCACCGUGAAGAGAUGCGUGCGGCCCCAGGACCAGCCGCAGGAGCAAGAGAGGCUGCGUGGUGACCCUGGGGGACUGCUGCUCCAGCUAGCUCCCUGAGCACUGGGAGAGGUGGAGGAAAGAUGUUUGCCUUGACUUUUUGGCUCCGUUUGCACACCAACACCUUUGCAUGAGGUUCUGGGAUAGAGCAAUGCAGCACUGGCUCCUGCCAAGUUAUUUUAGUGCCAGUUCCAGAUAGCAGGAGGUGAGUGGAGUUGGACAAUGUGCCAGUGUGCGUCUAGGGCAGCCUGUUCAUGGGCGAGGGCUUUCUUCUCCCACCUGAUUCCAGGCAGCACACUGGUGGCACAGUGUGGAGCCCUGCAGCAGGCACUGCACUAACCUGCUCCCUGCCUGCUCCUGCGCAUCUGCUCUGCCUUGCCUGGACUGCCCUGGGGUGCUCCUCUCACUGCAACUGUGGCUAGGCUGGCACGGCAGCCACAGUGAGGGUUCCUGGCAUGUCACUUGCAUCCUGCUGGGUGGUGAAUGGCUUUCUCUGUAUGGGACUCCUCUUUCAUUGUCUGGAAAGCAGGCAGGCUGGAAGGCCAGGAAGAGGAUGGUUUGGGGGUUUAGAAGCAUAGCUGCGACCUUGGGACAGGUGCCUUCUCCAGUGUGGGAUGACCCGUGGGACAGGAGUACUUUUUGGGAGCUGCUGGCCUGCUGCCAGGAGUAUUACUUCCCUCCCAUGGCAGUGUGGGUGCUGGCAUAAAAUACAGCCAAAACACUAGUUGGAAAGAAUAUUGGAUUUGGAGUUCCUUUGGUGUUUUUUUUCCCCUUCAAAUUGGCUUUUUAACUAUUACACAAAAAUUAAUGUGAUCUGAUUAUUAUUAUUUUUCUCCCUGCUGUGUUGCAUAGUCUGUGGCUGCAGUGCCAAGUAGUGCCUGGAAAUGAUGUAAAACCAUGAACUUACAAUGCAGUUUGGGGAACCAGAGUGCUUCUUCCAUACCAUGUGCUGGGGCAGGUUUGCUGUACAGCCGGUAUCCUGGCCGUGUGUGCCUACGCAGCAGCCCAGCACCCUUCCCACCUGGGGCGCAGAGCAGAGCAAGCCCAUGUGGGACCCUUCUGGCCACUGAUAAGGCCUUGUAGGGUGCCUCUGUCACUUUUGUUUUGAGGGUGUCAUGCCUGGCCCCGGCACCCCACGGUUCAGGAGGAGGGUUCUGGACACGUGCGCCAUCGCAUGGCUGUGGGAGGUGAAUGCCAGAAAGCAAAACAUUGACUAUUGCUUUAGGUUCCCUUGCCAGCCACGGGGAUUUUUUUUUUUAUUUUUUCUCUCAUGCUAUGAAUGGGUUUUGCUGUAAAUUAUAGCUUUGCACACAUUCCCUCAGGCCGAGGAAAAUAACUUCUGCUGAAAAGCGAGCCUGGAUUGGUGACUGGCUCCCCCUCUCCACUCCCUAAUUGAAACCAAAUGUGCAAGAUGUAGGAUUGUGGGAUUUCUGGCCCACUCCCAGGAAUCCACAGAAUGCAAACGCGCUCCCAGAGACAUCUUGCAUCAGCCUGGGGAAAGUUCGCUCCUUGCUUGGCUCCCCUGUUCCAGGCCAGGGGCGAAGAGCCCACUUGCCUGCCACCACCUCCCCGCUCUGCAGAAACCCUCCUGCCCUCUGCUGGCUGCCCGAAGCAGGACUGGCAUUUCUGCAUGACUCGGCUGCCUCAGUGUGACAAGUUUUGGCGCUCUCUCACAGGAGUGCCGACAUGUCAGCCUUCCCCAGACCAGCCCUGCUGCUCCUGAACCUGCUGCUGCUGCACAUCCCUUGGGCUGUGAGAGCCCAGGUUAACCCAGCGGUGUGCCGGUACCCCUUGGGAAUGUCAGGUGGUCACAUCCCUGAUGAGGACAUCUCAGCAUCCAGCCAGUGGUCUGAGUCCACAGCUGCCAAGUAUGGACGGCUGGACUCAGAGGACGGUGAUGGUGCCUGGUGUCCCGAGAUCCCAGUGGAGCCUGAUGAUCUGAAGGAGUUCCUGCAGAUCGACCUGCAUGCCCUGCACUUCAUCACGCUGGUGGGCACCCAGGGGCGCCAUGCCGGGGGCCAUGGUAAUGAGUUUGCUCCCAUGUAUAAGAUCAACUACAGCCGAGAUGGCACUCGCUGGAUCUCCUGGAGGAACCGGCAUGGAAAGCAGGUGCUGGAUGGAAACACCAACCCUUAUGACAUAAUCCUCAAGGACCUGGAGCCACCCCUCAUCGCCCGCUUUGUCCGCUUCAUCCCUGUCACUGACCACUCCAUGAAUGUCUGCCUGCGCGUGGAGCUGUACGGCUGUGUCUGGCUGGAUGGGCUGGUGUCCUACAACGCGCCGUCUGGGCAACAGCUUGUCCUUCCUGGGGGCACCAUCAUCUACUUGAACGACUCGGUAUACGAUGGGGCGUUUGGGUACAGCAUGACAGAGGGCCUGGGCCAGCUGACGGAUGGGGUGUCGGGGCUGGAUGACUUCACACAGACCCAUGAAUACCAUGUCUGGCCGGGCUAUGACUACGUGGGCUGGCACAAUGAAAGCACCACUGGCGGCUAUGUGGAGAUCACCUUUGAAUUCGACCGCAUCAGGAACUUCACUGCCAUGAAGGUCCACUGCAACAACAUGUUCACCAAAGGUGUGAAGAUCUUCAAGGAGGUGCAGUGUUACUUCCGCUCAGAUGCCAGUGAAUGGGAGCCCAGUGCCCUCUCCUCGGUACUAGUGCUGGAUGAUGUGAACCCCAGUGCUCGCUUUGUCACUGUGCCACUGCUCCACCGAAUGGCCAGCGCUAUCAAGUGCCAGUACUACUUUGCUGACACCUGGAUGAUGUUCAGCGAGAUCACCUUCCAGUCAGAUGCAGCCAUGUAUAACAACUCAGUGGCACCCCCGGUGUUGUCUGUGGUACCCACCACCUACGACCCCACACUCAAGGUAGACGACAGCAACACACGCAUCCUGAUUGGGUGCCUGGUAGCAAUCAUCUUCAUCCUGGUGGCCAUCAUCAUCAUCAUACUGUGGCGGCAGUUCUGGCAGAAGAUGCUGGAGAAGGCAUCACGGAGGAUGAUGGAUGACGAGAUGACCGUCAGUCUCUCCCUGCCCAGUGAAUCCAGUAUGUUCAACCACAACAGCUCCUCUUCUUCAAGUGAGCAGGAGUCUAGCUCCACCUAUGACCGCAUAUUCCCCCUGGGUCCUGACUACCAGGAGCCCUCCCGCUUGAUCCGCAAGCUGCCUGAGUUCAACCCAGAGGAGGAGGCGACAGGCUGCAGCAGCCCUGUGAAGUCAUCUCAGGUCAACGUCCCUGAGGGUGUUCCCCACUAUGCUGAGGCUGACAUCGUGAACCUGCAGGGUGUGACAGGCAGCAACACCUACUCAGUGCCAGCACUUACGAUGGACCUGCUCUCCGGCAAGGACGUGGUCAUCGAGGAAUUCCCUAGGAAGCUGCUGACAUUCAAGGAGAAACUCGGGGAAGGCCAGUUUGGGGAGGUUCACCUCUGUGAAGUGGAGGGGAUGGAGAAGUUCAUGGGCAAGGACUUUGCCUUGGAGGGCUUGGAUGCCAGCUCCAACCACCCCAUUCUCGUCGCUGUGAAGAUGCUUCGAGCAGAUGCCAACAAAAAUGCCAGGAAUGAUUUUCUGAAGGAAAUCAAGAUCAUGUCACGGCUGAAGGACCCCAACAUCAUCCGUCUGCUGGCGGUGUGCAUUGCUGAUGACCCACUGUGCAUGAUCACUGAGUACAUGGAGAAUGGAGACCUCAACCAGUUCCUGUCCCGCCAACAGGCAGGCAGCCCCCACACCAGCCAUGAGCCCACCAUCAGCUACAGCAACCUGCAGUUCAUGGCCACCCAGAUCGCCUCUGGCAUGAAGUACCUCUCCUCCCUCAACUUUGUGCACCGAGACCUGGCCACACGCAACUGCCUUGUUGGGAAGCAGUACACCAUCAAAAUAGCUGACUUUGGCAUGAGCCGGAAUCUCUACAGUGGGGACUACUAUCGCAUCCAGGGUCGGGCGGUGCUCCCCAUCCGCUGGAUGUCCUGGGAGAGCAUCCUACUGGGCAAGUUCACGACGGCCAGUGAUGUGUGGGCAUUUGGCGUUACACUGUGGGAGACCUUCACACUCUGCAGGGAGCAACCCUACUCCCAGCUGUCGGAUGAGCAGGUCAUCGAAAACACCGGCGAGUUUUUCCGAGACCAGGGCCGGCAGAUCUACCUUCCCCAGCCUGCACUUUGCCCUGACUCAGUCUAUAAGCUAAUGCUCAGCUGCUGGAGACGGGACACUAAAGAUCGUCCCUCCUUCCACGACAUUCAUCACCUUCUCCGAGAAUCAGCCAGUGAAGAAUGACCCUU